AUGCAAAGACUGUCGCUCUCUGUCUGUGCUGUGUUGCUGGCAGAAAUAUUUGACCUGCAGCUUUACUCACCGCAUCUGCGCCCUGUCUUUGCACUGGAGCUCGAGGCUCUCGUCCCGGGCGAGAAAUCUCUACUGGCGAAGGGGUCCCGCAGACGACACGACCGGGCCUCUAGUGAAGACCACGGAGCAAGACCUCCUUCUAGCUCGACGUCAUUGCUAACGCGAAAAUUGAAAGCGGGUUCUUGGAGAGCGCAUAGUACAAAUUUAGAAUCCCGCCGGUCACGUGCCGAGCACGAACAGCCUCCGCCUGUCCAGGCGUCAUCGGAUGAAGAUCUUGCAGUGUUUAUCCUGAGUAAAAACGUACCCACACCAGAGUCAGGAUGGGGAUUUUGCAACACAAACCGUAGGAGUUUUGUGAGUCACGCAUGACAAGUUGCACUCUGCAGUGUAGUGCAGGUUAGCAAGUGCAGCCGCAUCACAAAUCCAGCUGCUCAUCCUGUUCACAGCAUCACAAAUUCCAAAGCACGAUUGGAAAUGGCUCUCAUGGGGAUGCGCAUUACAAGUCUUCCUGUCUUUGCAAAUCUGCGCUACAACUCUGGCGUGGGUACGUUUUUACUCAGGAUAGUGUUGGGCGGCUUCGCGUCCGCCGGAGUGGCGCCGCCCGAUCCUGUAUCAAGUGUAAAAAUGUCUGGGUCUGGAAGAAUGCGCGACUUGUCAUGCUGCUUUUCCAUGACCCAUGGGGUCUGGAAUGCCGGAGCUAGCAUGACAGACUCCGCGAGACCUUUCUAAUGCCUAUCCUGCAUGACAAACUACCUCCCGACUUGGUCAAAAUUGGGCGACUUUUGGUAAUCAUGCAGCACAGCUUUUUGCAUGCUGCAGAUUUAGCAUGACAAGUUGCAAUCUUCCAGACCCAGACAUUUUUACAUUUGAUAUCCUGCGAUGCUGGAUUUCACCUCGCGCGCUGGAGGCGGUCGCGCACCUCCUGCCCCGGCCCCGAGCGACUUGCCCAGCAAGUUAGCCUCGUCGCGUCCCGACCAACCCGCGGAAAGAGUCAGUGCGUGCUGUGGUGAAGAGACCGGAAUCGAGAGCGUCGCGCGCGUUGCCGUAUUGAACAAAAACACAUCUUCAGUGGUAGACGAUGCAAACGUAGUUCUUUCUACGUCAGCAGAAGAGGACUUAUUAAACUUCUCCACAUCAACGCCGGCGCCGCUUACCCCCCCAUCUUGGGCGGGAAGCGGCGACACGGACCCGACCACGACGCAGACGCCGGUACUAGCUUCGUCCAAACCUAAACCCAUAUCUUCUAGCAGUAGCAGCUCCACCACUGUUCCACCCCAGCCAGCAACAAUAUCCUUUGAGUUUUUUCUGCGCGCCUGCGGCGGCGGGAACAGUGACUCGACCGGGGCUUUGGUAAUCACGGUCGAAACCGACACGGGGGCGACUUGGCAAACGCAGAAGGUGUUUCGGCAAGCGGGGCAGCAGGAGCGCUUCCGUUCGCCUGUGCUGGACGGGUCUCAACUGGGCACGCUGCGACUGUCCCACUCGGGGUCCAACGGACUGUGCAUGGCGGAAGUGAAAAUUGACGGCCGCGAGGCGUUUGACGGACAAAAUUUCUGGUUCGAUGAGCCAUGCACCAGCUCGAUGUACGAAGGUGGGCCGUGCUUUUCGGGACCCGCCGGCCGGGUCGCAAACGUAGUAGAAGUACAACGGACGACGACCAGUGCUCCAGCCUCGACGACUCCCGGUCCGAGUGGGCAGUACAUCCCAGCUCGCUGUCAAGCUGCGCAGGUCCGGCCGGGGACGCCCGCGAUAUCCCAAAAAAAAAAGCUGGCAGGGCAUAUUUGUAGUGUAAAAAGAAAUACACGCAAAAACUUGCCAUGGGUGGCCCCAUAGCAUAGCAUGCUGCUUCGGAUAUGCAAUGCAGAUUUUUUUGUGUAUUUAUUUUUGCAUUACAUGCCCUGGCAGCUUUUUUCUGUGUGAUACGCGACGGCUGAAGAAUACGUGGACGGGGUAAAGGGCGUGUUCAUGAGCAUUGCCGACUGGGGAUGGACGGGGUACCGGGAAGCGUCGUCUGCGGAGUGCCAAAAGGCCAUUGCGCGGGAAGCGAUCGGUUACCUUCGGGACCGGGGCAUGGUGCAUCUUUUGAAGUUAUCAACGGAAAAUACGUCUGGGUCUGGAAGGAUGCGAACUUGUCAUGCUAGUCUGCCAUGACUCCGAACUCUGUAUUGCAUGGCAGCGAAGAGCUCCUCCUCCCUGUCAUGCAAAAACGCAGUUUCUCAUGCAGAGGACGCAACUCUGACCGGCGAAAAAACUUGUCAUGCUGGGCAGCGCAUUACAGUGCGCUCACUCUUUCCUUUCUUGCAUCACAAGUUUCCAGACCCAGACAUUUACAUAGGCUUUAGCUGUUUAAAGAGCUCAAAUCAUAUACAAGCAAUUCUCUGCGAUAAAGAUAAAAUUACAAGCAUAGAAGUUUUUCUCAUGAUCUCAGAUAGUUCGAAAUUUGCAUUACAAAUUCAUGAUCUCGCACACUCUGUCUAAAUUCCUGCACAUAGUUCCUUCCAUGUUCCAUGUCAUAAAAUCUUUCCAUUCAAAAUCGUUGAUCAAAUUUAGUUCCCAUGGUGAAGAUCCUUACUCGAAUGCGGUGAUAGUUGUUAACUAUAAUUUUGGAUGCGCAUUUGGGGUAAGGGUCAUGAACAGUAGUAGUGUCAGCGAAUAGUAGUGAGCAUGCACCCACGGUGUGCUAUUCGCACGGCCAUGACACUACUGCGCGAGCACCCACAGGCUCCCAGGUGCCUAGCGCUUUGGCCAGCGUUGCACCUCGGUAGAGCCUGCGGGACCCCGUGGGCAGAAGUUCAUUGCACCCAAUUUGUAUGUUGCGCAAGUGAUAGUAAAAGUAGUAAUAGUUAGUUCCACCGGUGGACGUAUUAGCAUGUUUAAUCUCUCUAUACAUAGUGAAUACACGUAGUUCUCUUUUAUUUUCUUUCUUCAAAAAAGUUCAAGUCGUUCUCUUCCCUGUGCUGUAACAAGGUCUUGUUUCCAGACAAAACACCAGACAUUUUUGCAAUGCAUAGAAGUUUGUGCUUGCUGGCGGCGACAACAUUUACGAUGGCAUCCUCGAAGACAGGAACCGAUUCUACGAGAGUUUUCUCUCCCGAUACGACACAGAGCUGACGUGCGUGCCCUGGUAUGCAGUGCUCGGGAACCACGACAUGGGCGGCCAGAAUCAUAAAACCUGCUGGCCCUACCCGGACGCGUCCAAUUGCGGGCAGGUCAACGGGGACGUGGAAUUCGUCCGUACCUCGAAAGACUGCACACGGAGCCGACCGUUUGGGAGCCGAGAGACCGUCCCUGACUGCUGGGCCAUGCCGAAAGCGUCGUACAGCGUGACAGCCUGGGAAGAAGAGUUGAACUUGACCAUAAUAGUCACGGACGGAAACGAGUUGUGGAAGAAUGGGUAUCCUUUUAACACGUGGGGGCACCGCGAGACGGCCGGCCCGUUGGCAAUUCUGCGUCAGGAGGGAGAAAACGAGCUGCGGAGCCGGUUACGGCAGCCCACCGCGAAGAACAUAGUGGUGUUGAAUCACUACCUACCAAAUGCAAAAAUGUCUGGGUCUGGAAGAGUGCAUGUUUGUCAUGCUUGUCUGGCAUGACUCUUAAAGCUGUCAUGCACGUUGCCCAAGAGGAAGAGCCGCUUUUUUCUCUCAUGCGGAGACGCAGUUUGUCAUGCAGAAUGGGUAACACCUACAAGGAGCUCAGAAAUUUGUCAUGCUGAGCCAGCACUUGUGGCCUCCUCAUGCUACGCCACUCAGCAUCACAAGUUUCCAGACCCAGACACUUUUGCAUUUGAUACUACCCCUACUACGGCGCGGGUGACUCGCGCAGGUUGUACCAGCAAGACUUGGAAUACGCGGUCCGGUAUCAAAUGUAAAAGUGUCUGGGUCUGGAAGAGUCAUGCUGACAGCAUGAUUUGCUGUUUUUGCAGGACACAGAAGGUCUGGCAUGGAAGCUCUAGCAUCACAGGUUUCGAGAAGCUUCCGCAAUGCCGAACCCGCAUGAGAAAUUCCCCACUUUGGUGACAGAAAGUCGGCAGCUUUUGCUACCUAUGCGUGAGAGAUUUUUCUAUGUUCUAAAAUGCGCAUCACAAGUUCGGAUCCUUCCAGACCCAGACGUUUUUGCAUUUCAUAUCCGGGAGCAGGGGAAGAGCGUGUUUUUCUUCGCCGGACACACGCACGACACGAAUCAUACGGGACUCUCAAACGUCACAUUCUCAACUGUUGCGCGAAUUUGUCAUGCAGAUGCAAAAUUGGAGCCAACAUGCAUCUACAGGACCAAGCUGCUUCGCAUGACAAGUUCUCGACGCGCUAGAUAGCAUGUUAAUCUGCUCCAAACCUGUAACGCAAAAGGCGCAACCUUUUCCCUUUAACUUUUGUCAUUCUUGCAUAUACAAAUUUCAUGCAACAGUUGAGAAUGUAAAACGUUUGAGAACACCAUAAAUCAGCCGAAAAACUUUAACCCCCAUUGGGAUGUGCAGCACUACAUCAGC